AUGUCGCAUGUUCAUGAGUUUGGAAGUGGAAUUAGCUGCGGUUGUCUUAACCUUUUAAUCUUAAAUGUCCCUACAAUACUUCGAAACGAGUGGUUUACGCUAAAGUUAAGCUUCUUGAAAAUAAAGUUUUGUUCCUUGUUUGAUGUAGUACCUACGGCCAACGGAAGCAUUGUUGGUUGUAAGGUUUGCGGGAAACCUGUUUUCUGUACACGAGAAAAGUAUACGAAAGAACAGAUUCUCGAACUGAAAGAGCAGACACCAACGCAGACGAUUUCCAUCAGUCUGUUGAAGUCUGCUCAGAACCUUGAUGAUUUGCGAAAGAACGAAAAGUCUUCGCACCUGGGACUCGCGCAGAAUGUAGUUCAGGCUGAAGAAAAUAUGAAUGUUUUGGAACUCGGAGAGUCUAUAAGCGUUCAAAUCGAGACUAUUUUGCGCAAGACGAGUCCGGAAUUACGAACACAUGUUCAAAUUUUGAUGGAAGAGAAAAGGGCAGAGAACAAAGCUGCUUUGCUCAAGUUUUUGCAACAACAGCAAAGUUUAUAUGAGUCAUUCGUGAGAGAAACACUCGCUGAGGUGUUAUAUCUCAACCAACGAAGCAGUAGUUUUCUCGAGCACACAGACUUUGAGAACACAAACCAUGAUCGGAUACCAUUGACUUCUUCUCCUAGCCCUAGCGGUGUGAAUGCGUCUGCUCACAGUCGCUCAGAUGAAAACAAACAGCUAGUGGAAAGUCGAUUUACGCACAAAGCUAAAAGACGUGUGGCAUUCAAUGACAAGCAUGAAAUCAUCCCGAAUCAUAGUCGAUCGCUAAGUCUAGUGCAGCAAGGUGUUUCCAUAUCUAAUCUUCCCGGCACACGAAGCUAUGACUUAAUACGAAAGAAUGCCUUUUUCAAGGGCACUGGAGUUUACACACAACCGAUGAAUGUUGGAUCUGAUAUGUCUCAGCAAAGCAUUUCAGAGCUCUCUCUGAGUGCUUCGGGAAUUUCCAAUCAAGGAUCUCAACACUCUCAACAGAGCUCCGUAAUUUUCGAGCCCAUUCAAACCAGUCAUUCAUACUCAGAACCCGUUGUCAUUCCAAAUUCCCUACGAAUUCAAGAAAGUCACGAAGACUUGUCUGACCCUAUUCAUUCAUCUUCCAUGGAUACCUCAUCUGAAGACGAGCCUGCUAUUGCCCUUACCGGACCUUCGUCUGUCGAGGACCGUAAGACGAGAUGGUUUAAUCUCAUUCAACGAACAGACAGAGAGGCUCAAAGCUCGUAUGCAAAGAGCAUGGGAUUCCAGAUUCACAUGGACGACGAAUAUGAACAGAAAUUUCUGUCUCAAGGCUGGAAGAGUCUGAAUUGA